CGUCACGCACCGCUGUUCAAAGCACAACUGUCAAAAUGGCUUUCGCUAAUCAAAGACAUAAAUUUUAAUGAUGAAAAAGACGGAAGAAACAUUUCUUUCAUGCUGAAGACACCACAGCGGUAAGUGCGCUCAUGGAUUGUUAGCAUCAUCUCUUCUGUUUGUUCGCCGUAUUGAUCUCAAGAAGUUUGUUUACCGUUAUUUAAGUGGUCUUACGAGAUAUUUUCUAGCUUCUGUUACUACUUUUCGUUAUGAAGGCGUCAAUAACCAGUUUUGUUUUGUUGCUUUGUUUCUCGCGGUAUAUUUGAAAGUCAUACGCUAUUGAUUUUGUCCUCUCUGGGGCUUAAUUCAUUCUUUCGUUUUUAACUGUUUCAAACCGAAGAGGGAAGCCAAUCUUGUCUUUUUAAAUGUUGGCAAGUGGUAUAAAUGGCGCGAUAAUAUCGAGUUUCCUCGUGUAAUAUCGGCGAAAAUAGAGCUUGUAUUUUCUUGUUUAGUAGAAAUUUGGUACGCGUCUGAAAAAUAUUAGCCUACAGAAUAAGUAGAUAGUAAUGACAUAUUUAAGUUUAAGGAUGAGACGACUUUAUUUCAUCGUCUUAGAAGAGCUCAUAUACAGAAGGAAAUAUCAGUUGCCGACGUUGUUGUGUUUAUGGGUUACCAUGCCGAAGGCGCCAUCAGAGGUUAAUCCUAGCUAAAAUAUUCAACGAUGUGAGGAGCUUCCUUGAUUGUUAAUUAUUUUCCCUCGAUGGUAAUAAAAAUGUUUCUUUAUUCGCCUGUUUUUUCAUCCCGACGAGAGUGAAAUCAGCUUUUAAACGUACGCAAGGAGUAAUUUUUGAACGCUGUGUUGCUGUCAGUUAUUUCCUGUGGUUUUUCCUUUGUUGACUAACAGGGUGAAAUCAUCUGCGAAGUCGUAAUAAAGCUUUUUAAAAUUAAGUAAGCCAAGGCAAUUUAAGAUGUAUUUUUUCAAGACAGCGGUCUUCACCUGUAUGUUAAGGCAAGUUCAGUUACAUUCAGCCGCAAUUUUAAAUUUUUCUUUUUCAAAGGGAAAGAAAUUUGGGAUUUUUUUCUCGAAUCAAAAAUAUAUUUUUAAAUUAAAAGUUUUUCAAAUUGUCAUUUAUUGUGCAUGCUACUUAUGGCACCGAAAAGAUCACAAGACAUUUGACUUUAUUUUAGGCAUUUAUUUUAUUAUUUUAUUUCAUUGACAUAUUUAUAGUUUAAAAAAUAUCCGUCAAAGGUAGAUGGAUAUCAUCGACUGGAGAACCUUAAUAGACAGAAAUGAAAGCCAGAUGACCACAUUAAAGGCCACAUUUGAUGCGUUUGUAGGAACACUGACAACAAAAAACUUGACUUCGUAUGGUUUUGCUCAAUGACUUCAAAUUUUCUCGACAAUACUUGCACAAAAAUAAUAUAGCAUUUAAAACUUCCCAAAUGGACCAAAUAGCUCUUGAAUACUGAUAUUAUGGCUUUCUCGGGCGUCUCAGGGACAGAAAUGAAGUUGCCGCACAUGCUUUAAGACAAACAGUGGAAGUAAAUCAAAGCAGUGGAGGAAACUUGAGAAUCUGAGAAAAAAAUUCGAAGGGUCCAAAACCAAAAUCAUUGAAAAAUUAAAGGGAAUAAGUAAACCACAAACAAAAAAUAACCAAAUGAAGUCAAAUUAUAUGCAUACUGGUAAUUUUGAUACACCAGGCUAUUUUUGUAAUCUACUUCACCUUAAAUUUACUUGGAAAUUUGCUAGAAAGUGUCAGUUUUCUUAAAUUAUAAAAGGUGUGUUCAAAAUAAGAGGAAUUUUUUUUGCCAGUUAUGCGAUAAGAGACAAAUUGUUAAAUGGAUUUCAUGUGACUGGAGGGUCCUCAGCAUGACAAAAAAGUGCUUAGAAUAUCAUUAACUUUGUAAGCCAAUGUAGUGUUGUCUGCUUUCUUGUUUGAAAGUUCUGCUAGAGAUAUCAUUUCUGAAAAUAGUUUUCUGUACAGCUGCCCAUUUGAUUUGAACUCUAAACCCAACCAUAGUCUGCAGAACAUUAUUAUUCUAGUGUGCAUGGAUCUAGCUGGAUGCAUGACUUUCAAGCUGUGUUCAUCCUUCUGCACUGCUGAUGUCACAAAGAAAAGUAUCAUGCUGUGUCCUAUAUUAAUUUAAUUGUAAAUAAUCUUGGUAACGUGCAUUGAAAACCCGUGAGUCAGGAGAAGUCAGUUCCUUAAUUUUUCAAUGAGGCAGUCAACCUCUUUUCCUGUCUUUCGUUAGUCUUUGUAAAUGUUGUAGUUAAUUUUUUAUCUCAGGUGGUUUUUGUUUUAAAUAAUUCUUUUGUUUUUGGAUAUGGUAAUCUAUGCUAAUGAAGUUGAAACAAAGGAAAAAUAAAAAUAACCUGAGAUAAAAACUUAACUACAACAUAAAUCUUAUAAACUUUUCAAUGGUUGUUUUGUUGGAUCAACUAUUCUAUUAGUCAAAUUACCUGUCAAUGCCGUUCAUCAAUCAGUGAGUCAUUAUUCCUGUAAGCAAGUCAAAGAGUGAGUCACUUAGGACCUUUAAAUAUGAGGUGAGCGUGUUUGGCUCAUGCCUUGUUUGUGUAGUUCAAAGCCAGGCUGCCUUUUCAUAUAAAGAUAACAAAAAUCUUAGUAGGAAACAAGGCGUGAGCCAAGCCAGCGUGGUAAAAGUGGGCCAGCCCGCCGAGCUGGGCUCAUGAUCACCUUGUUUUGUUUUGUUUUGUUGUUGUUUUUUUUUCCACAGCUUUAUUGGGUAUUCCUCUUGUAAUAUACAAUAUAAAUUUAUGAUACAACACAAAAAAAAAGAAAAGAAAAAAGAAGGAAAAACCCAAAAGGGGUAGGUGCAACGGGACUAACGUCCCAUACGAGGCACCGCCCCUAGAUUAAGACCUAGGUUAAAAUAAAAUAAAAUGAAUACUCAAAAAAUAAAAUAAAUUACGAGUGGCAUGGGCACGUAGGGACUAGUGUCUACGUGCAGGGGUACUAGUCCCUACGUGCCCAUGCCACUCGUAAUUUUUUUUAACAGGCCCUUAGUCAUCAAGCAACUCAGCGUUUAUAUCAGUCAAGCAGUUAGCCAAUCAGUUUAUAGUUAUUAUUACUUUAAUUAAUUUUAAUCAGUGAACUUAAAAUGUUUGAGGAACCAUCAUUUCUUGGAGGGUGUUUUGAAUCUCGGCAUGCAGCCUUAGUGGACGACACCUACAUGUACCGUACACUUUCCUUGAUCUGCAUGAUAUUCUUCAUACUAUAGGAAAACCAAAUUCAACAUUUGUUUUAUUAUUCAUUGAAAAUAUUUUGUACUUCAAAACUGCUUAGCUCAAUAGAUGUAUACGGUUCAUGUCUUCAUAACUUAGUAAAUUUGGUAUAUAAAAGGAUGUUCAGUCCAGCAGAUGUACUGCGAAUAGCAGUUGUCAUCCAUGGAAGUAAUAUUAUUUGUUGCUGAGUGUUCAUGCUAUAUUUAAGGCAGCAGUUUGACUGUUUCUUCUUUGCAAAACAUGGUAAAUUUUCUGCCAUUUUCUCCAGCUUUACCUAAACAGCUGAGCUGCUUCUUAACUGUAAAAGUGACUCACUUGAUCUUCUGUAAGAAUAUCAGCAAACAUCUUCCCCAUGUGGUCAAUGGUAGCUUGUUAUGAAGAUUUAUUUAGGAGAUUUGAGCCAAUCAGAAGCAGCUAUUGAGGAAUAUUUUGAAUGAAUAAUAAUAAUAAUAAAAAAAUUAAAGGAAGUUAUAAAUCCUUUAAUAAGAAACUCAUAAAUACACUGUAAUUUAAUUGCAUUUUUCUGUUAAUAGAACUGAUGUCUGCUUCACGGUACAGUCCUACAGAUAGUGGCUACUGGUCUUCACCCCGACUGAAAAAGCCGACUAAUCUCAAUGCUGUGAAUCUUGACCAUAAUCAAAAUGUUAGGGAUACACUGCAAUCUGUGCAUGGCAUCAAGUCACUGAGUGAACCAUCUUCUCCGCAAUUCUGGCACAAAGGUAAUAAUGAUGAAAAGAUCAGAAAUAAUAGUCAUGAUCUAAGUCUUAAAAACGAUAUAAAUUUCAAGUGAAAAAAAGUCAAAUGCUGAUUCAGGAAGAAUAGAAAAUCAAUCACAAAUGUUUUGGUACAGCUGACUACUUACAUUUAACAGGGCUUCUGAUAUUUCGCGGAAAAAAAAGCAAAAUUUCGCGGGAUUUUCAGGGGCAAAUUCGCGGAAAAAUCGGCCGAUUUCGCGGGGAAAACAAGUCGAAAUUCGCAAAAAAAUAGGCCGAUUUCGCUGGGGUUUAGCGGCAAAAAGUCAAAUUUCGAAGGAUUUUCAGGGGCAAAUUCGCAGAAAAACCGGCCGAUUUCACAGGAAAUUUCGGAGGGAAACUUCGCCAAGAAACAAUCAAUAAAAAACAACCGAUUUCGCUGGAUUUUUUCUGGCAAAUUUCGCUAAAAUCGAUCAAUUUUGCGUCGAUAUGACCAGCGUUGUUUAACGUUUUUUUAACAGGGAUAAUUAUUUGCUCUUUGAACAAAAGUUCACUCGAGCAAUGAGCGAAUGCUAAAGCUAUUAACAUUAUGGUUAGUGCCCAGUUUUUCGCAACGUUCAUCUAAAAACGCCUGAUAGUUUUGGGACGUUGUUUACCCGCUGCAGUGAGGAAGUUUCAAGAUAAAUUUGGAUGUUUGGGGUGAAUAAAACAGGUCUAAUAGCCAAGAUAAGUAUUAAAUAUGUUUUCCCGACAUGUAAUCGGAAAUAUUUCUGGCGGAUUUCGCGGUAUUUCGCGUUUUUUUGGGAAUUUCGCGGGAUUUCGCGGAAAUACCUGAAUUUCGCGGGUCCGCGACCGCGCGAAAUAUCAGAAGCCCUGAUUUAAAUUGCUGGUAACAUAUUAUGUUAUUGAAUGCAUUGCCUGUUACAUUUACGUUUGUCUUUUAUUAAUUGUCUUUUAUUAGAAGUUCUAUACUAGGGUAUCUGUAAAUUACGAACUAGUUUUUAAGGCAGUCAUUUAUAAGGGCUUGGGGCUGUGGAUUUUUCCUUUCAUGACACUAGACAAAUACCCAGUUAUCCUAUUAAUUCAAAAACUAGUGACAGCCCUGACGUGCUUAUGGCAGUACUAUUAAAUUAUUGUUCUUUGUGUUUAACUUUUCAACAAACUGUUUUGUGUAACUUCUUAUACAAGUAUCAAAUGCUGAAACUCAAAGCCAUGUGGAAAAAAAUCUCGCAUCACAGAACAGCAGACACAAGCGCUAUGCACUCACAAGACAACAAAGUGAAGGAACUGAAUUAGCUGAACUUCUUGCGGAACAUCAAGAACGUCAGUUACGGAGCAUGCAGGGACUGAAUGUUGGGUUACAUGGAAAGUGGGGAUCUAGCUCAAGAAUAAAUGAACUUCAUGUUCAAACAAAUACAUCUCAUCCUUGUUUGAACACCAUUGGACUAAGGCAUUUGGAGCAAAUGCCAUUAAAUAAUGCAGCCACAUUAAUUUCUGGCAGCCAUGGAGUUGGAAUGUCUAGCCAAAACAGUCAACAAGUAAUGCAUACUGGUAAGAAAUACAGCAGAAUCCUGACUUUCUAAACCUCCUGGGAAGAGGAGGUUUGUUUGAAUUGAAGUCAUCUUUUGAACUACCCAGUGUUAGCAGAGUCUCGAAAAACGGAAAUCUUCCUCGGAAAAUAAAUUGGCACUUUCUAGGAAGAUCAAAGGGGACUGAUCUGCAAGGAAAGUACUUUAAAAUCAGCUCUUUCUCCAAACAUAUACUGUUCAGCCUGCUAUUAAAAAUAGAAGUUUCUGUACACCAUAUGUGUGUAUCCAGUGGGCAAUUCCAGAAAAUAUCCAUAUCAUACCACAGAUGGCUUUUUGAAAUUCCAAGGGCAAGGGGGGUUCUUUGAACUGGAAAUCUGAAGGCAUGAGGGAUACUUACGAUUGGAAUUCCAAAGGCAAGGGGUCAUUUAGAGACAGACAAGAGUUUAUUCCUCAAAAACGCUUAUUUAUUGCCUGAUUCAGUUGGCAAAUGAAUUGGCAACACUGGCAACACCGGGUACAAUACAAGCAUCGAUCGAUCAGACAAUCCAUGUUUUUGUGUACAUUUGUAGAAGAAAACUGUUGAAGCUCUGCAACGGCAGAUAACGCAUUUUGGAAAGUCCGAAGACCAGGGGAGGGGAUAAAAUAUGGAAGCGGUCCAUGGUAUGGUAUGGAUAUUUCCUGGAAUUGCCCAUUACAAUAUUCAUGGAUAUAUUUCAUUAAAAUGUACCAAGGCUGUGCAUCUAAUUCUUGCCGCCCGAAGGCAAGUCUAGAGUAAGUUGCCAGGGGUCAUUGGAAGCAUCUAGAGGAAUGCAUACAAAGUGCAUACGGUAAAAUCUGUAUCAGGGCAUUUUCCUAGCAGAACUCGGUGACCCUGGCGCCCAACAUUUUCUCUCCAGCAACUAGAUUUUACAGGUUCAGAGCACUGGGCUCCCUUCAAUUUUCCUUGGAGUACAGCCUUGUGUAUUAUGAGGAAACCUACAGAACCCUUGAAAGUUUUCACUGAAAACGGCGGGAUAAAAAGAUGAAAUUGCAUGAUGAAACAAAAAGUUGAGGGUACAUGUAUGGUAUACUGUAAAAUUCUGAAAAUAAGCCCCGGACCUUUUAUUUUUCCAAGGCCCUUUUUGAGGGGCUUAUGUACAGAGGGAAAUUUGCGUUUCAAAAUCGAUUGGGCUAGCUUGGAGUGGGAAGGAAAUUUACCAUUUUUGCUUUGUUUUACUUUGUAUUAGAGGGCAAAUUCCAAGUACAAGCCCCCCGGGGGGCUUAUUUUCGGAGGGGCAAUUUAACGGAGUGUUUUUUGCGUUAUGAUUUUAGGGGGCCUAUAUUUGGAGGGGCUUAUACAUGGAGGGGCUUAUUUUCGGAAUUUUACGGUAUGUUUGCUCAGCCAGAUUUUGUAUUCAAUACUGAAACAUUCUGUUCCUUGUAUACAAUAAUGUUUCAGGGAUCUCAACCUCCUCUACAAUGGCAACAACUUCAAUGGGAUAUCCUGCACCCCUUGGACAUGUCAAAGAGGGUACAAGUGUUCUUCGUAACAGCCCGCUUAGCAUUUCAGGGGACGCAUACUCAAACUCAUCUGGCCAAGCUUCAAGAUCAAUAAGUCCUUCAAGUGAUGACAGUGAUAAAUGGAAUUCAUAUUUGAGAGCUAAAGAUGAGCUUAUUGGCCAGAAAGAUCAGAUUAUUGACAGGUAAGAACUGUGCAUUAAGCUACAGUGUAUAAUUAUGUUUACUGGAGGCAUGGUAGCUAAGGGACUAACUUUGUGAGUUUUAGACCUUCAAAGUUAUUCAAGCAUUUAUUAUUAAAGGUUUUUUUGUGAUCUGAUUUCGGAUAGAGUCCUUUCUGGUAGUCUGAGCUAAGACAAGUAGAUUUUCUUGCUGGGCAUGUACAAUGUUGUAAUCUAAGGGCGCUUCCCAUUGGUCAGAACUGGCCGGCUGGACCAUGGCUGGACCAGUCAGUUUGAAAAAGAAUCUGCUUUUUCUAAGAGUUUUUGCUAAAAUACCAUCUCCUUCAUGCAUACUAUUUUAGGAUUUGAGUGAUCUAACUGGAGAGUUUUGAUUAAAAGGUAAAUUAUCAUUGCAACAGGAUUGGUCUGGCUGGUCAGUUCUGACAAAUGGAAAGCACCCUAAGAAAAACUGAACGGAGCCCAGUGCUCUGAACCUGUGAAAUCCAGGGUGCCCAGCAUGAUUUCUAUGCAGUGUGCAAAGAAAGCCGUGUCUGAUUGCCCGGGCUAGUGGAUUUUGCUAUCGGGCUAGUUAAUUCUGUUCUUAACUUGCCCGACAGGCAAGUGAAGUAUUUCGACGAAUUCAACUUACAGAAGAACUGUGAAAUCAAUUCUGCUCUUCAAAAAAUUUUUGGGGCUAGUUGAAAUGACGUUUGGGCUAGUAAAUGCUAGCUUCAGCUUGCCUGAAUGACAAGCUGUAAAAAUGACUUUGCACCCUGUUUCUAUGUCAAAAUUAAGAAUUGCUAGUCACCCAAGGACCAAAGCCAGGGGCCACUAUAGGUACUGGUAAAGCACAGCCUUGAUGCCAAAAUUUUUAAAGCUCACUUACCCAAUGGGAAAGGGUCUAGGCAAUCUUGUACCUUUAAACCAUUAACUGAGACAAUGGCCCUGAGCAAACAAAUUGCUAGAGCUUUUUGUCCAAAAGGACAAUCAGAGGUCACGUUUUCUUCGAGCCCUGUGUCAUAUCGUUGAUAUUGAUCAUUAAAGAAUCUGUGUGCUGAAAUUGUUGAAAUUGUCCUUUCUUCAGACAGAAACAAAGCAUAUUUCAGCUUCAGCAGCAGCUACUUCAUCAGACAAACCCAGCAGUGCAACAGUCGAUGCAGCCCACACACAUGCAUGUCAGCCGAACACAGAGUGUGCCAGAUAACACAUCACUGUCAUUGAAACUACAGGAAUGCCAGUAUGAGAAUGCACAGCUAAGAGCGCACAUUGCGGAAAAGGACUCAUCCAUUGAUAAACUUAAGAAGAAACUUGGGUAAGAGUAUAAAUAAUGAUACAUGGAAGAAAGUCAAGAAAGCAAUCCGUCUACAUGUAAUUAAACUCAGUUCAAAAUAAAACCUGCCUACUGAUUUUUAAUGUGGUAAACUAUUACUUGAGCUAAUUUUAUUGAAAUCACAACCAAGUCUUUACACUUGAACCCUAUGCAAAAAUCUUUCUCUUUUGUGUCCGAGAUUUUUAUUUAUUUCACCUGUUUUUGUUAGACAUUUUUUCGUUGGUGUGAAUAAGACUUAACGCUCAACAAUAUUGUUUCAAAUGUUUUUUUUUUUCAGUAUAUCCUAUUCUUACACACACCUCUCCCGCGUUCAGGUUAUUAUUCUUGGUCGCGAAAACCAUCAUCCCAGUCACCCAUCAAAUUAUUUCACCAGUUUUUACACUCAAUUUUAUGUAUAUGUGUUGACUUUUAUUAUAAUAUGUGUACUGCAAUUUCUUAACACGGAUACUUCACUAUCAUGAACAAUUCUUUGGUUCCAUAACUGAACAGACUUUAUACAAUUCUUACCUCCGUACUUGGAUCGGAGUUGGAGGUUCUUCUGUCUCAGUCAAUCUCAGUCUCUAGCAGUAGUAAACAACGAUGUGCGCUUACCAUUUUUAAUUUCGGUUAUUGUUGCAUCCGUAACUGUAUACAGUAUUAUACUUUUAGAGAUGAAAUACAUGUAAUUGUAGACUUUCUUCAAGUCCCUCGCGGUACAAAGUCCCAUGCUUCACUCUCAGUUUUUACGUCCAGCUUUUGUAGACCUGUAGUUCCACUGGUAAACAGGUUCGUAGAGGAUUGUUUCGCCGUAAAGAAUACGUAGGCCGAUAUCAUGACUGACCGUACUGAUUUCUUGCGUGACUGCUGACCACAUAAUAUAUUAAAAUUUACUGAAUCUUUCCAGGGAGACGGAGUAUCUCUUAGAGAAUAUGCAAGCCAGUGUCAAAGAUUCUGCAGUCUCCAGUCGACAGGAACUGGAACAAAUGCAGCAAAAGGUUAGAAACUACUAUGUACAUGUAUAUUUAAUGAAGAAUGUUUGUAUGUAUGCGUAGUUAAGACUUUGAAUACCUUUUGUUGAUUUACAGUGUACGAGAUUGCCUUUUGGGCGCCAAAUUUGAAUAAUUGCGCGGAGUAAAUUACAUUAUAAAAUUUCACUUUAUUUAUGCUUUUGUAGCAAAUAUUGUACAACAUGAAAGUUGUUUUUAUUUGAAUCGAAGGCCUCGAAAGGAUUUCGCUCGUUUACAGCGCUGCAGUUGAAUUGAAUUUUACAAUUUUGCAUCACAACAGCCUUGUAGUGAAGCGACUCACAAUUUUGAAUAUUAUAACUCAAUUCUUUUUUCUGGUUCAAGUUUGUAGAACAAGAGAAAUCGCAAGCCGAGCUGAGCAGCAAACUAAAGCAACUAGAAGAGGACAAGCUAAAGCUCAAGUAAGAGAUGACUUCACUUUGAUCAAACAUUGUAGACUUUUAACACUACAUUGGCUUCAACAACAUCGCUUAGCGUUACAGUCGUAUUUCGAUCGUCGUGGUAAAUACUGGAUACAUUUCGCACACUAUCACUUUGUUACCGGCUUGCAGUGUACAUGUAUACAAGUACUAUGCAAAAGUGAGAAGUUAAGACUUCAAAUAGAAAUCUUUGUAUCGUUCAAGGCGCCAAAUAUUGUGCCUGUUUUCCCAUGUUCGUUACAAGGGGUUCGCGGGAGCCAAGGUUCGAGUAAAAGAUGCCGUAUUCAUCUUUUAUACAAGUAGUCUGAUUUCAGACUACUUUUGUAUCAGUAUCAAGGCUGUGCUCUAAGGAAAAUUGAAGGGAGCCCAGUCCUCUGAAUCUGUAAAAUCUAGGGUGCCCAGCGUAUGAUUUGUAUGAAAAAUCUGUGAUUUUCUAGUCGCCCGAGGGCAAAAGUUAGGCGCCAGGGGCCACCGGGCUCUGCUAGAGCACAGCCCUGAGUAUGGUGUCUUACCAGUAUCUUAGUUUCACAGAGUUAAAAAAUCGUACAUUAUGCAACUAGUAUCGUUCUUCAAUCUAGCUCUUCAUUCUAUUUUACCAAUUUUAAGUCCACAUUAAGGUGCAACUUGUUUGGGGGAAAUCUUGUAGUUAGCCUACGUACCCGGCGGGAUCAUUCGCGCGAGGAAAGUUUUGGCAGAGGAGCUGUGAAGCCGUGAGGAGAACGGGGGGCGACGCUUUGGAAUUUUCUCGCACCUUCAGCGCUCGCUUCUCGCGGCAAAGCCGUAAGAAUGGUAGCCUAUGUCCAAAUACUUCCAAGUGCCUGCCUAGCAGGCUAUGAGAAUGACGGCUACGCCGACAAAUAUCUUACACGCGCAACAACAAUUCCCCCACAUACGCAGGCUAUCUUUUUUUUUUUUUUAAUUGCCACUUAUCAAAUUUUUAGUCCCCGUCUCUUUUGCGGCUCAUUCGCGCGUGACAUUCUACUCACCCGAUUUCCGAUUUUUUGACAGAGAGCUUGCUCGCAGUCUAUAAUUUUAUUUGUAAAGUCGCACUCUGUUUCUCCCUUAGACUCCCUGAAAAAAAAAACAAAACAAAACAAAAAACAACAACAACAACACUAACAACGGGGACUCAAGAUUUGAUUGCAAGAUCAGAAAGAGCUGAUAUGAAAAAAUGUUACCCUUAAAUUGUAUUAGCACCUGAAGUUGGAAAUGUCUAAUGGAAGGCCUUUUGUUUUAUAAUCUAGGCGUGAAAAGCAGAGCUUAGAACGGUAUCUGAAGGAUGUACCGACUGUUGAAGAACAUCAGAAGUUGAACAAAACUAUAUCCUUUGAUCAAUACAACAAUACAGAUGUUCUUACGUACUUACUUGUACUUAUUAUUGUAGACACUUGCCAGGGAAUACCCAAAAUGAAAAUUAAGACAGGUGUAUUUAAUUUACAAUUUUUCGAUACUAGGUACUGAAUACUCACAAGAGCACAUGAUCCGGAGCGUUCAACUCCUGUACUUAGCCUAUGCAACGGCGUUUUCACAGAUCAAGUUAUUUUUAGCAUCAUUUUAAGGCAUCGUCCAUUAGCUCAAAAAUAAAGGAAGAUAUUAGAGAGAUUAAGAUUCACGUUUACUCCAAACGGCAAACUUGAAUUUGUACGACGUGAUCAUGUUUUCCCCUUAAUUUUAGUUUACUAUUUAUUACUUCUACGCAAAAAUAAGCAGUUUCACGCCAGUUUUAUCCAUAAGAAUUGUUCUGGACAGUUUUUAUCUGCUUAUUUUCCAUUCUGAGAACAACUCAACUAGAAUCAGACGUUUGACGUUUGCCGUAAACGUGACUCGUAAUUUCUCUAUUGUUGUGGAACCCCGUUAAUGCGACCUCCUGAGGGUAAUAUUUAUAUGUAAAAUGAAAUGGUCGUAAGGCGUGGUUUGACUGUAUGUCCAUAGUAUUUUUAAAAAUAUUUAGCAAACUGUAUUACCUUGAGUCUGUAGAUUGUAAUACUGUUCUCUUUUAAUUCGCACAUGUUUGUUCACCUUAACAUUUUCUACCUCAAAGAUGUUCGUGAGCAGUGUGAUAAACUGAAAGAAACUGUUUCCUCAAAGGACAAGAAAUUGGCUCGCAUGAACAAGGCUUUUGGAAACAAAGUAAAUAUAACGCAAUUGGUUUUCCUAAUACUUAUCUACUGAAUAGAGAUUUACGCUGUGCAUAACGCUGUCCACUUUUUGAACAACUGGGACACGGAAAAGGUUUAUGACGUGUUAGUUGAUUUUCUUUUAUUUCUCUCUCUUUUAUACGUUUCUCGACAAUUUUCAAUUUGACAGGAUGACGAGGCGAAGAAGUUAACAGCAGAAAACACAGCAUUGAAGGAAAACGUGCAAAAGUAGGUAACAUUCAGCACAUACUUGCUUUUAAUUCUGCAAUUAGCGCCCGGGAUGCUUAUCAAUUAUCUGAGUCGAAGGGAGGGUAUUUAUUCGAAGGGUGCUUGUGUGUGUGUUUGAGGGGUAGGGGGGCUUGGUUCCUUGUCCAGAAUUUAAGCUGUUUGCCUUUUGUUGGAAUCAACGAGAACGGUAACUUCAACACACAACCUAAACUUUGUGUGGAUCUGUACACAUCCUUGGCUUUCAACGUCCUGUCCUCCCUAAGAGCGGAAUAAGAGAAUAAACUUUAGAAAUCACUUGUUUUGACUUUCAUUGAAUGUCUAGAAAUCUGCUUGAAAAGAAUAUUGCGAUGAAUGUAGCUUUUAAGUGGCCCAAAGAUCACGGUAGAAGAGAUUGAUCAAGACAUUUGCGUAUUCUAAUCUUAUUCCGGCCAAUCGAAUUCACGGCCUUGUUAGAUCUCUCCCUAGUCCUUGAACGGUUUCGUGAUUGGUCUGGAGCCGUGCCUUUGACUUCUGACUGUGUGUUGUUCUCAGUGUGUGUCAUUCGCUAGUGAUUGGUAACACUGUAUAUCCAUUACUGAUAUUAUUUUAUUUUUCUUCUCAUAGACUUCAGGUUUCUCUCGAUAAAAUCAGCAAUGACGGUCCAGUGUCACUUAUAAACUAUGAAGACUUAAAAAUGGAAAAUGAGAGACUUCAGGGAGAGCUUGACCGAACGAAGAAGGUAUACGAUGAGAUUCUAUUUAAGCGAUUAAAUCACGGUUUCAGACAAUCCAUAGGUAUCAGAAUUGGUAAUAAGAGGGUUAUUUUAAAUGAUUAAGGGCUUUUUUAGUCUACGGUAUGUGUUCCAUACUAGUGAGGGGGUGGUUUGUGCUUGACACAGUAAACUAAAGGGUGAUUAUGUAAUCGAUAUGCACAUGGGCUGGUGGCAUAGAACUUGGUUUUGUUUAACGCCGGCUAAACUCGGUUUUACUAAGCGACUCUUUGAAGUUCUUGUCGUGCUUUCCGCGCUUUGGAAAGGGAACAACGGCUCCACUGGCUAACCAACUCAAAAAUAAUUACAAGUAGUCAUGCAGUGGUAGAAGAUUAAGGGCCGGUUUACUCUAGAAGUUUGUUACUAAAAGCAGUCUGAAUUAUUUCGCCCUAUAGAUUUUAGAGAAUAAGCACAAGAAGAUGAAAGCUCUUCAUUAUCAAACCCAGAAAGAACAGAACAACCUGGAGGAACGACUCACACAAGAAGAGGUGUGCCAGUACUUCACUAACCUGCGAGCAGGCUCACGUGUGCGAAUUCGGGGAAAAUUAUUUUGGCGGCAGAGCCGCCAUGCAGCGAGAAAAAGUCACUUCUCCUCGGCCCAUUAGGCUCCCACGCAGCCGUUUGUUGGAUGUCACGCAACGUUCCCCCAAAAGAACUUUUGGGGGAACGUUGCGUGACAUCCAAAAAACGGCUGCGUGGGAGACUAUCGGCCCAUUGGCCGCCAAAAAUUUUCCCCGGACUCGCACAAUUGAGCCUGCUCGCAGGCUAGUACUUCACUGUUUUAGAUUUUGAUCGUCGUGCAGUAUCGUAUGAAUUCACGGCUAAAACCUUUACUCUUUACAGUCUAAUUACACUGAAACUAUUACUAACUGCAUUGUAAGCAAUCUCACACUACUCCGUAUAUCGGGAUUGGGCAUAUCAUUCAGUGGCACCCAACGAGAAUAUAGUUCAAUACCUCUUAAACAUAGCAUUGUUAAACGUAUUUUAGUAUUUAAACGGGAGAUAUAGGCAUAUAUUAUUUUUAACCCCUAAAAAUUUUUCAUCUGUUCGGAUUUCCUAGUUGAAAGUCUAGUGAUCCGAAAAUUAUAGGGAUCAAAACUUACCUUUUCGAAAAUUUCAGCCAGAAAAAAGGCUUCCGAAAAUUCUAGAUGACCUUUUCAGGGUAAAAAACCGUUAGAAAUGGGCAAUUAUACCAUUUUUUAGAUGUUCGAAAAUCCUAGGAGAGGCAGGCAAGCAAGAAAUUUUACAACAACUGUUCCGAAAAUUCUAGAUCUCAAAUCGUCUUCUGAACAGAUAUUUUCCGAAAAUUGACGUUGGGUGCCCCUGAUCAUUAUCCUGGUUACCAGAGACUUAUUAUGCGGCGUUUCCGGUUUCGAUAAAGUCUCAUGACUUUUCGGCCGACGCUGUGCCGACUCCGAAGCAUCCCUCUGGUAUCCAGGGUAGCAUCUCGUUUACUGAUACCAACUUAAGCGAACGACACAGCAGUUUUCAUGUGUGGAAAUCGUAGGAAUAAGUAAGAAAAGGAAAUUCAACGUAAGAUGACGUGUCGCCUUCCAGUGUCUCUUAAAUAGCUAGCCUUUGAACUCUUAAAUGAUCUGGCCAAACAUUCACUGUGGUAACAUACAAAUGUUGAACACAUGGUGACUUGUGUACAAUCCUAAAACGGUGCCUUCUUUUCCAUACUCGUGUAAUUUGGUCAGUUUUGUAUAUAUGUUUGCUAUGUGUUGGCAGGAAAUGGUACAUGCUUUACGGGAGGAGCUUACGUUAAAAGAAAACGCAUUGGAGGAAAUGAAGAAAGCUGUUAAGGAAGUAAGUUAUUUAUGAAGCCGAAGACAUCUUCGAAACGUCAUUCUCUACUUUCCAGUUGCCCUAUAAUGCACCUUGUUUGCCUCCCCCCCCCCCCCAAAAAAAAUGGCAUAACAAUAUGCUGAAGAUGAAUUCAUUCUAAACUCACGUUUACUAAUUCUGAAUAUCUUUAGAUUGCUUCGCACAACCAGGAUUUACUGGAAGAGAACUUAAAUCUUCAAUGCCGUUGUGAGCAGGUAUUUAUUAGGUUUUAUUAAAUCUGGCUGGUUUUUUACCGCGUGAUUUAGUAUCUCACAUUAGAUUUUGGUCCAUUGUGCUGCUAACUAAUUUUAUCCUUAACUCGUUUUUAUAGACGAUUUACCUGUAUAAAUUUACAUAUGUUUAUUUUUUUACAGUUGAAAAAACUAAGUUCGAAGGAGAAGUUGGAAAAUCAAAGACUUCUUUGGAAAGAGGUAUCACUUAUUAUUUAAUGCAGUGGAACCUAAGCUUGGCGGAUACUUUCCAGAAGCGAACGCUUAAGUUCCAAAAGUGACCAACAUGAAUUUUCUCCUAUAACUUCAUCAAAACAUAAGUAAGGGAAAAGGCUCCGAGGGUGCUUUCCAUUUGUCAAAACUGAGCGGCCAGACCAUUCCAGUAAUAAUGAAAAUUUCACUUUUAAUCAGCUAAAACUAUCCAGUCAGAUCAGUCAGAUCCCAAAUAGCAUGCACAAGGGAAAUGGUGUUUUACCAAGUUCGGCCCGCCAGUUCUGACUUUUGGAAAGCGCCCUGAACGAGUUCAUUGUGCUGGGGUCUAAUCAGUACUAAAUUGCAGCCUGUAGGCUCCUGUAAAUUCAGUAGGUUCUUCUAUGUGCUUGUUUACUGUAUUGCGUUACACUGUCUUUUCAAAAGUAAAUGGAAAUAAAUAUAAUAGAAUGGGUAUAGUGAAAAUGUACACUGUUUCUUGAUCGUUACACUGGUGAUAGCAAAGAUAUUGAACUGUAUCAAGUUUUCGCUGCGGAAGAUUUUUCCGAAGUGCUCAGUACUAUUCCGCCCCGUUGUAGAUUUAGUGAUACUCAUUAUUUGUAUGUUAAUGGCUUGUUUUUUAGUCAAGUGAAGAGUUUUUUGUUGUUCAAACCCUAGCUAUCCGACUGUACCUCGGAGCUCAAAGCAGUGGUUCAAGUUUGUCGAGAAAGAAAGGAAGGCAAAGAUCCAGACAUGUCUGUUCUUCUUGGCUUAAGAAGUAAGUUUAAUCCCUCGUCAGAUUUGUCACUCAACAAAGCGGAUACAGUUUGAUCUAGAAAGGUCUGACUCCCUUAGAGACUACUUAACUUAACGGAACACCUUGAAGUAAUCAUGUCUCUCUUAAAGAUACGAAGGAGUGUUUCAUUUAAUGUUCUCAAACUCAUUAAUAAUUCAUUAAGAAAAUACAAAGGAAAUUAAUGUUUAAUGAGUGUUUGGAAAUCGGAUGAAGCACUGCUUAGUAUUUGCAUCCUUAAUUUCUCCUUCAAAAAUGAUUUUGUGUGAGAAGAAAUAUCAAACAUUCGACACAGUGUUUCAUCACCAGAUGAAGCACCUCGAAGUUCGUCAGAAAUACUCCGCUGCGCGUCGUAUUUUCAACUCUCUUCUCGGUGUUUCAUCUGGCGAUGAAACACUGCAUCUCAUGUUUGAUAUAUUACUUAAAACACCGAUAUGAAGAAAUGAAGCGCAACCGAGUUUAGAAAGCCAACAUAUCUGAGUGAAUAUUAGACAAAAACCCAUUUCAAGUAUCUGACCAACCUCUUCCACAGUUGUUACGAGUUUCUUUUCUAAUUUACGAGCUAGUUUUUGACCAACCUCUUCCACAGCUGGGGUGGGCCUUCUUUCUCAUGUACGAGUUCGUUUCUUUGACCUGUCUGUCUAGCUAAUGCUUUUUGGUGUAGUGUUUUUUUCGUCUGGUUUGACUUUUCUUUAAUUUCUUAUUUCCUUUUUUCAGCUACGAUCGACGAAGGGGAAAAUGAAACUAACGACUCUUCCGAUGAUGUUGAUGCAAUAAAAUCCAAGACAAAUAGAGUAAAACAGCUUCGGUUAGACGUGGAAAAUCUAAGAAAGUUCAUAUCUGACCAGUACGCCGAAGAUAUUGGAAAUAACUGCAGGAUGCAGUGAGUGUCUGAACCAGUGAAUUUAGCUUUACCCACGAAACUAACGCAUGCUCCAAGCUAGCUAUUCUUUGAUUGGUUGAAAUUGUUUAUCAUUGGUUUUUUUGUUUCACUUUUGUUGUGUUCUCACUCCCCUAUUUUUCCGUAAGAUCAUCGAGAACGAGCGCUUUGCGUUACGGGCGACCGUCUUGAUUUGAAAUGUUCCUAGUCUAGCCUGAAGAUGAGCGUCGCAUCUACUUAGGAGUUGGGGGACGGUUUGGGAGGGCAUUUUCUCUCCUCUAUCUCCCUACCGCUAUUAACCCCUGGCGCUCGUCCCCCGGUACUUUUGAAACCAGCAUGGCCGCUGUAAUGCAAAGCGCUCGAUCUCGACGAUCUUUACGAAAAAUAUGGGACUGUGAACAGUCUACCAGUACACGAAUGUCGAGCCUUAACAUAUGAAUUGUAGCGUCUGCGUAAAUAGAGGUUUAAGUUAUGUGCAGCAAGUACAGACAAGCGAGUACUUCAAGAUAUGAGAUGCUAUUUCGUGUUUUCGUUCUAUAAUUACCGUUAGCAGCAAAUUGUAAAUAUGAAAUAUAAUUAGGAAGGUUAUAAAUAAUAAUACAAUAAUGUGUGCAAUAGAGAAUGUAUACCGAAU